CCCGGCCCAUCUGCGCCGCGAUCAGAAGGCCAUGCCGCAGCGCCAGCACCUUGCCUGAACCUCUUCCUCUCUCUCUCUCUCUCUCAUGUUGGCUACCACAGUUACUACAAAUAGUAGCAGCUCUGCCACGCACUGACCGUACCGUGUAUAUAUGUCUCGGACUCUCGGUUGGGGUUGGAGGCCAAGCCUUGCGGUUGCAGUCCAUUCCGUAGUUGAUAGCUCCAGAAGGUUUCCGAGUGGAAGAGGAAUGCUUCUUCGACUGCGCGCGCGAGAGAAGCGAACUCUAGAGAGGAGCAUAAAUAGCUACGGAGAGCUAGCAACGCCUGUCUGUAGUUUCGUUCCUACCACUUGCUAGCUCAGAGACCACUUCUUGAUUAGCUCGUGGUUUUUCUUCACGACUACGAAAAUAGUAGGGCUGGCAAACCGGUGGCCGGCCGGCGGCGCGGCAGCCGAGGAGAUGGGGAUCCUCGACGGCAACUCGCUGCAGGGCCACCACCACGGCUACUCCCACCACCACAUCGGCGCGGGAGCGGGCCCAGUCAGCAGCAUCAACAACGACGAGGACGACGCGUCGCCGCCGCCGGCUGCGGGGGCGGGGGGCGGCGCGCGCCGGCCGCGCGGGAGGCCCCCAGGGUCCAAGAACAAGCCGAAGCCGCCCAUCGUGGUGACGCGGGAGAGCCCCAAUGCGAUGCGCUCCCACGUGCUGGAGAUCGCCAGCGGCGCCGACAUCGUCGACGCCAUCGCGGGCUUCUCCCGCCGCCGCCAGCGCGGCGUCUCCGUCCUCAGCGGGAGCGGCGCCGUCACCAACGUCACGCUGCGGCAGCCCGCGGGGGCCGGGGCCGCCGCUGUCGCGCUGAGGGGGCGGUUCGAGAUACUAUCCAUGUCCGGCGCCUUCCUACCCGCGCCGGCGCCGCCGGGGGCCACGGGGCUCGCCGUGUACCUCGCCGGCGUGCAGGGGCAGGUGGUUGGCGGGAGCGUCAUGGGGGAGCUGGUCGCGUCGGGCCCCGUCAUGGUGAUCGCCGCCACGUUCGGCAACGCCACGUACGAGAGGCUGCCGCUGGACCAGGACGCCGAGGAGGGCGCCGUGCUGUCCGGGUCGUCCGAGGGUGCCACCGCGCAGCUGGAGCAGCAGCAGCAUCAGCAGAGCAACGGAGGCGCCGUUGUGCCGCCGUCGAUGUACGCUGUCCCGCAGACUCCGCCGCACGACAUAUUCGGGCAGUGGGGACACGCGGCUGUGGCGCGACCACCGCCGACGUCGUUCUAACGCUGCACCGGCGGCCGGCCAAUUGAUGUCUCUCUCUUGCCUUGCUAGUUAGAUUUCCGCUUCGUCCCUAGCUGCUUAAAUUCCCUGUUAAUUAAUGUGCUAUGUCAUGCAAUAGUACUUGUAUGAUCUUUUCAUUUCUUCUCUUGUAUUUGGAGCUUGUGGAAUGUACAAUUAUAUGCGUGUCGAGAUCGAUCAAUGGUUGCUAGUUAAUCCGCAGCUCAUCAUGUUAUUUACAAUGAGUACCUGGCGUUUGUGCAAGGAUCAACGAAUCCGUUUCGUACUA